AUGUCCUUUAACAACAACGGUAUUCCUUCUCCAUAUUCAAACGAUGAUCAGGGACCCGAAGAUGCUGGAAUUGGCGGCAUGGCUUCCUCAGCAGACGAUAAUAAUAUCACGCUCAGUGUUCAUCCACAUCUCCAGCAAGGCGAUUAUCAAUUGUCCGAUUGUCAAGGACGGAAAAGAGCUCUUUUGAUUGGUAUCAACUAUAUUGGCACCGAGAAUGAGUUGAAUGGUUGUAUCAAUGAUGUUCACAAUAUCAAGGAUUUUUUGAUCACGCUAUUCGGAUUCAAGGAAGAGGAUAUGGUUAUUUUGACCGAUGAUCAAACAGAUCCAAAAAUGACCCCGACUCGCUCCAACAUCAUUGCUGCCAUGAAAUGGCUUGUGGAUGACGCACAGCAGAACGACUCGUUCUUUUUCCAUUUUAGCGGGCAUGGUGGAUCGGUGGUAGAUGUAUCUGGUGAUGAAACUGAUGGGUUUGACGAAACCAUUUAUCCGAUCGAUCAUGAUCAAUAUGAAGGAACUUCAGGUCAAAUCUUGGAUGAUGACAUGCAUGAAUUGAUGGUUGCCCCAUUACCUGCCGGUGUUCGGCUUACGGCCAUCUUUGAUAGCUGUCAUUCGGGUACAGCACUUGAUCUUCCAUAUGUCUACUCAACAAAAGGUGUUAUCAAGGAUGAUAAUUUGUUUAAAGCAGCGACAAAGGGAUUGGUUUCAGCUGGUUUGGCCUAUGCCCAAGGUGACCGAGAAGGGGCAAUGGAGUCUAUUCGUGACCUAGGACACCAAUUGAUCACCACGCGUUUCAAGGAGGCUUCGAAUCGACAAUCCUACAGCUCACCGGCAGAUGUGGUUAUGUUUAGUGGUUGUAAAGAUGAUCAAACUUCGGCUGAUGCACAAGAAGCAGGAAGAGCCACAGGAGCCAUGAGCUAUGCAUUUACAAAAACCUUGCGUGAAAAUCCAAACCAAACGUAUCAAGAGCUCUUGAACAGCAUUCGCGAUAUUCUUAGCACUGGCUAUUCUCAGCGACCGCAGUUGAGCUCGUCACAUCCACUUGAUGUAGAUUCUUUAUUUGUGUGUUAA